CAACUUCUCCACCUCAUCAUCACUCUAGCUAGCUAGUACAAAUAAGGCGACGUGUGUGAGUGAGUGUGAGAGAGAGAUGGCUGCUGCGAGAGAGGUUGAUGAUGAUAGUAUGGGAUGCCGAGUGAUCGCCCAGGGAUACAAGGUUCUGGACGAGGAACGUCACGCCGUGGACUACCGGCCUAGUGUCUGGGGUGAUUACUUCAUUAAGAACCCUACACUACCACAUACUUAUGAGAAGUCGGUGGAAUGGAUGAAAGAGAGACGUGAUGUGCUAAUCAACGAAGCAAAGAACACCUUGACCGGCAAGCACGAUGAUGGUCCCUUGGCUGAAAUGAAGCUAGUCGAUGCAGUUCAGCGUCUCGGAAUUGCUUACCAUUUCCAGGACGAGAUCCAUGCGUCGCUGCAAAAGCUCAAGUCCAUGGAGUUCCGCAAUGAAAGCUUCCAUGAAAUAUCCCUCCAAUUCUGGUUAUUAAGACAAGACCGGUACUACGUGUCUUGUGAUGUAUUCCAAAGUUUCAUGGACAACCAACAGAACCUAAAUGUCAGCUUGCAAAGUGAUGUGCGAGCAUUGCUUGCACUCUAUGAGGCAGCACAUCUAGGCACUCCAAAUGAACAAUUUCUCAUUGAAGCUCAAAGGCAAACUACUAGUCUUCUAAGAUCCAUGGUUGACCAUCUUGAAAAACCACUAGCAGAUAAAGUACGACAUGCUCUUCAAACACCGUCUUUUCGAAGGAUGAAGAGAUUGGAGGCAAGACUAUAUAUCCCUCUAUAUGAAGAGGAUAAAGAGGAUUGUGAUGAAUUGAUACUUGAAUUGGCAAAAUUAGAUUUUUAUUUGCUCCAGCAAAUUCACCGUGAGGAAGUCAAGGAAAUAUGCGAGUGGUACCAUGGUUUGGACUCCCCACGGAAAUUAUUCUACGCAAGACAUAGGCCAGCAGAAGCCUAUUUUUGGGCAUUAGGAGUAUACUAUGAACCACAAUAUGCCAAGGCUAGAAAGUUACUAGCGAAGUUUAUAGCAACAAUUACACCAUAUGAUGACACUUUUGACAAUUAUGGCAUGUGGGAAGAGCUACAGCCAUUCGCUGAUGUGAUGCAGAGGUGGGACAUGAAGGAAGCCGAGGGACUCAAUGAAUGCUACAGUGACUUUGCUCGCUUUAUGUUCGGUACUAUGAUUGAAAUCGAGAAUGCACUUCCAAAGGACAUAGGAAGAAGGAAUGUCAACUUUAUCCGAGAUAUUAUCAAUGAAGUAUGCAAAGGCUAUGUGACUGAAAUUGGCUGGAGAGACAGCAAGUACAUUCCUCUUUUAGAGGAGCAUCUGAAGGUCACACUCAUUACAUGCUUCUACUGGGCGAUUAAUUGCACAGCUUUUGUUGUCUUUGAAGAGAAUGUUACAGAAGAAAUUCUGAAGUGGAUGUCAAAAUUUCCACAAAUUGUCAAGGAUUCAUGUAUUAUAUCUCGGCUCAUGGAUGACAUUGUUGCCCAUGAGUUUGAAACAGAGAGAAACAAUGUUGCUACAGCUGUAACUUGCUACAUGAAUGAGUAUAAGACAACAAAGGAAGAAGCAAGUGAUGUGCUGUGGAACUCAGUAGAGCAUGCAUGGAAGAGUAUGAAUCAUGAGUACCUCACCUGGACUUCAUUGCCAUCAUCGUUGCUUAUUCGUGUAAUCAACCUUGCACGAAUGAUGGAGACAAUGUACAAGGAGAUAGACGGAUACACGGAUUCAAAGUUACUGAAAGAGUGGAUAUCCAAACUGCUUGAUGAACCGAUUCCCUUCUAGGGUACCAUCCUAAGAAUGUUUUCAUCCAUCACAAUAAUAAAAGCAUCUGGUCCACAAAAGCAAAUUUGUUUUGGUUCAAGAGCGUCAGUUACUUAUUUAGUAGUAGUGGCUUAUUUCACUGUUGUUCAAUGUUUGUUUGUUUGUUUUUCAUGAAAGUUCAAUGUUUAUUGUAACCAGCGGAGUUCAUGAAUAAAGUUAUGGUUCUUGUUCUUGCAGUUC